GCUAUUAAAAAAAAACUCCACCUGUCAAUCACUUUGCCCAACAAGACCCUGCCUUUCUAUGGCUGACGUAAUUUAGUAAUUUUGUCCUGACAAAUCAUUAUCAUUUACGGGCCGGACUUCACUAAGUAUUGGGCUUCAAAAGGCCCAAAACAUUAUACACCAUACAUUUAGGCCUAGGAGAAGACUUUCUUUUGUAUGAUAACUGAAGGCCAGCAGCCCAGCACGGUGAAAAGAAAGGCCCAGUUCCAACUUCCAAGUCCUAAGGCAACUGCGUCUGCGUCGCCGCCGUUGCCGACGAACUCGACAGUCUGCUGCCGUGGUUGCUUGCGUGCUGGGGGUUUAAGGGUUUAAUUUAUGGUCAGGAUGUCUGUGGAUUUGGGGGAAUGUGACGGGACUGAGGCGGCAGAAAGAUCGAUGAUUCGUUCCCCCGAGACUCGCGUAGAAAACUUGGCUGCUACCCUAAUCGAUCACGAUCAUGUUGCAGAAUCUUCGCCGCAAGAGAUCACUAUGCAGAAGCCGUCGAAGCAGAAGGAGCAUUGGUGGGAUUUUGGGAUGGUGUUCUCUGAUAUAAAUAACCGAGAUGCGUCGGUGGAUCUGAUGAAUAUCGAGGAGGGUCUAAUGGAUAGAAGGGUCGCGACCUUGCACAGAAGCAUGAGCAGAGGUAUGGGUUUCGCAUUGGUAGAUUUGAAACUGUAUGGUUUUGGUCAUUUUGCUAAGGUGGAAUCUGUAGAUUUCUUUGUCUGUGAUCUCAACGACGCGAGCCAGCCCUAUGAAUUUCGCAAGGCUGGUCAGCUGAUUGGACCUAAGAUAUCUCCUAUUGUUAUUCCGUUCCCAGAAACAAAGCAGAUUUUAGUCAUUGCAACUGGUCGUUCCCGACUUGGAGAUAGUCGGGAUCCACCAGUUAAGGGUCCGUAUUGUGAGCUUUUAGAUCUCCCAUCAGAAGACAACGGUGGCCUGUAUAAAUGUAAAGCUAUCUCUACCCCUUGGGACGACACCUAUGGUUAUGUUCACGGUUCUACUCCCGAUUCCACAUCUCAUGCUGUGGUAGGGAAUCGUCUCUAUAUCCAGAUUACUGCUGGACAAUGGAAUUAUAACCAACGUCUGUUCUGUUUCGACAUAAAGACCCAUGAGUGGACUGAAGUAGAAGAACGCGCAGAUUGUCCUUUUCUAGAGCCCCUUGAUCGAUUCUGGAGAUCUUUGAAUGAUAUUUCCAGGGAUAAAUUGUUUGUAGUGCAUGUUGAUAGCUCUGGUUCUGAGUUGAUGCACUUUGUUGGGUUUACGAGCUUGACGGAUUUGAGUGGGAAGAGGUACCUUGGAAAACUAGAGCAUCGUGAAUAUCUCGAAAGGAUUGUGACAGCUCUGCCAGAGCUGGAAAAACUUCUGACUGAUAAAUACUCAGAUUAUAUUGGAGGUGCGGGGUGGGUGAUGCGUUUGUUGCCUGAUGAUGAUAACUUGUUUUGUCUCUUUCUGUGGUUACAAGGUACUAAUGUAACUGAGUACCUCUUGGCCUGUAAGUUUAAGUUGUGUGAAGGCCAGCGGCAGAACUCUGAUGUUGCUGCCAUGGAUGCUGACAAUGAUAUUGCCACCCUUGGUGAAUCAAGCUAUGACUGCGAGAUCUUGUCCCAUACACUAUACGAAAAUCCUUUCUUAUGGAAUCGUAUUCCUCUAUAUGCCUUUACUCCUGCUGCCAACUACACGAUGGACUGUAUGUAGACUGGUUGAUAUGGACUUCCAGAGGGUAUUGUCAUUGUGCUAUUAUUGGUGUUGUUCAUCAUGUUGGCCAAGAUGCUCUCUUCAACGUGUUAUGCUGCCAAAGCGAGAAGGAAUGCUGACUUUACUGUAUUUGACAUUUCUGGGUUGUGUAACUUGUGGAUUUGGUUUGAUAUCUCUGAAUACCCCAAGUUUCCCUGCUGGUUCAUUUACUUAAUGAAUAUGUUAAUUAAUAGGGUAGACAUUGACUGAUUAGCUGGGAAGAAAUGAGUAGGGAGACUUGUCAAUCUCUUAACUUGUUGUCGAAAAAAGAAACAACAUUUUAAGAGCAAUCGUUCAACUAUUUUCUUGUUUUGUGGUAUGUUAAUAUUCUGCACUAUUCUCUAGUUGCGUAGAUGAAGAAUCGAGCAUCAAUGGUGGCGUUCUGCCUAAGUUGUUUAACACUUUGAUGGUCUCUGCACUAAUUGAGACAUGAAGGUUAGGUCUUUGAUGGUUUAUGUUCUGUAUUAUGAGAAUCGAAUCCAGGC